UUUGAUUUUUUUAUUACUUCUUUCAUGUUGUGGCGUCAUGACAAACUCCAUUUUGAUUUUCUGCUGUGCUAUGAAUUCUCAUCUCUGUGGCCAUUGGCUGAUGUGUAGCGCCCUCCUGUGGUUAAAGGGAUGAACGACCAAAAGGUAAACAUAAAGUUGCGGUUUCACCUGAAGCAGAACUUGAGUACUAUAAAUGUAUGUUGAGAGUUGAAAAAUGCCAUAAAUGUGAUACUUUGUAUUAAUUAAUAUGCUGAUUGACUGAUGUGAGAAGUACCUUAAUUCUGAGAUUAGUGAAGUUAUGUUUAACCUAAACAUCACCCAAUAAUUCAGAUAAUUUGUACAUACACUUGUGUAUACAUUUUAAGUUGUGAUUAACUAAAACUAAAUGUAAAACUAAUUUAAAACAGUGGUUAAUGCGAAAUGAAAGUGCUGAUGCUGCUACAGUGCAAAUUAUUUAUGCAGUAUAUUUGAAGACACUUCUUUUCUAUUUACUCCAGUUUUACGUUUUUCCUCAACACAUUCUAGCUUUUGACGCAGACAUUUGAACAAGCAAAGUUUUUUUUUUUAUAUUUCCAGGUAUCAACUGUAUUUUUCUGAGCUCCACCCUCGCCUCGGUUCAGAAGCCUUUUUCUUUUCUCUUUUUUUUUUCUUUCAAAUGUGCAGCUGCCAUGUAGUCGAGGGAGGAACAGCUGGCUGAGGGAAGAGCCAGCCCGGGGAGUCAGUCACAUUCCUGGCUGGGAUUCAAUGACUGAACCAGACACAAACAAACAGAGAGGGCGAGAGAGAGAGAGAGAGAGAGACGCACUGAGUGAGACGGGAGACUGACUGAGCCAGACGACGCAGACGAGGCAUAUUUCGGGCGCACAUUCGGAGUGCGUAAAACCGCAGGAGCGCAUAGAAACAUAGAACUGGCCCUAUGAAUUCGGCAGCCUUCAGUUUUCUGAAUGGACGCGCUGGGAAGCUCCUCCGGUAACGUGGAAAUGCGCGUUAUUGAGCGCGUAGCCGGAUGCUGAGGACGCCCGACGCGAUAGGUCAAAUUCAGCGUUCAUUUCGAAGUUCGGACUCUCUUUUCAAGCAGCUCCGAGAUGGAGGGGACGAGCUUUCAGCCGCAUCCAGGACUUCAGCAAACUCUGAAGCAGUUCCACCUGAGUUCCAUGCGCUCCCUCGGCGGACCGGCGGCGUUCUCCGCCCGGUGGCACCAGGACCCGCUCUUCGGCAAAGAUGGGAAAUCCGCGGAGCUCGUGCUCACCUUGCCGGCCCAGACGCCCCCCGUCAUGUCCGGCCCACUUUUCAUCCCGUCCGACCGCUCCACGGAGAGGUGCGAGACGCUCCUGGAGCGGGAGCCCAUCUCCUGCUUCGUGGUCGGCGGCGAGAAGCGCCUCUGUCUGCCGCAGAUCCUCAACAGCGUGCUGAGGGACUUCUCCCUGCAGCAGAUCAACUCGGUGUGCGACGACCUGCACAUCUACUGCUCCCGGUGCACGGCGGACCAGCUGGAGAUCCUCAAGGUGGUGGGCAUCCUGCCCUUCUCGGCUCCGUCGUGCGGGCUGAUCACCCAGACGGACGCCGAGCGCCUCUGCAACGCGCUCAUCUACGGCGGCACGUACCCUCCUCGCUGCAAAGAGUCGGGCUCGCUGGAGUUGCAGCGCACCGAGGGAAGCUUCAAAGUGUAUCACGAAUGCUUCGGCCGGUGCAGGGGCUUGUUUGUCCCGGAGCUGUACAGCGGCCCCGGCGCUGCCUGCGUCCAGUGCAUGGACUGCAGGCUCAUGUUCCCACCGCGCAAGUUCGUGGUGCACAGUCACAAGCGACUGGAGAACCGGACGGUCCACUGGGGGUUCGACUCGGCCAACUGGCGGGCCUACGUGCUCCUGGACCCGGACUACACGGGGAAGGAGGAGAAGGGUCGUCUGGAGCAGCUGCUGAAAGAGUUAAAGGCCAAGUAUGACCUGGCUGGAAAGCUGUCCAGCAAACACUGCAGAUCUCCCAGCCCAGUCCCGGCCAAGCGGUCCAAGUUCGACCAGUCCCACUCUCCAUCAGCUGACAAAGACAGGAAACCUGAGUGGCUACAGUCCCUUUCAAAGUCCUCACACAAGGAUCUAAAACAGGUCCAACUGAAACAAAGGCCUUCUGCUUUCCGGCCCUGGUCGCCCAAAGCAGCAGAAAAGGAGAAACCAGCUACUAAGAACGAGGUGGACAGGUCCUUCUCAAAGAGUCAGGAGACUGUGACAGCCCCUAAUUUGACACUGGCUCCCCUGGCCCCUCCGGUCCAUCCGAGGGACAGCCACACUCCUGGCCGGGGACCCACAGCUAUUUCCAGGCUGCCACAGGAAUUACAUAAUGGAGACGUGCACGCCACGGGAAAAUCAGCCCCCUCCAGCACCGUUAACGGGACCGACGACAUGGACUCAGAUGGAGAGAUUGAUGUGGAUGACUGUGAUGAUUGUCCAGCAGUAGCUCCUUCAUCCUGCACCGCUGUGGUUCAGACUCCCACCCGUCAGAGAGCUGCUCGAGGUCACGAGGGACCCGCCUGGCUGUCAGGGCCUGUUUGCCCAGAGAUGGACUCGCUGAGACAGUUGCUGUACACGGGCCUGGACACCAAAGAAGCCAGAGAGAGACUGUUGCAGGAGAUUGUCAGGAUGAAAGUCAAGCAGGACGAGAAGCUGUCAGCCGCUGUGCAGGCUAAACGCAGCCUGCAGCAGGAACUGGAGUUCGUGAGGGUGGCUAAGAAAGGACGCCUUCGUGACGCCAUCGAGGCCAAGCGCAACCUGCGGAAGGAGAUCGAGCGCCUGCGUGUGGACUGGGAGCGGAAGAUGAGGGAGGCGGAGGAGUCCUGUGGGCGGCUGAAGCGGGAGCUGGAGCGGGAGAGGCAGCAGCGCGUCUGCGACAAGGGCUGCGAGGCCGAGCGACUCCGGGUCAAGUACUCCGCUCAGAUCGAGGAGCUGCACGUGCAGCUGCAGCAGGCGGAAGCGGACCGCGAGCAGCUGAGGCGGGAGCUGCAGCAGGAGAGGGAGGCGCGGCAGAGCCUGGAGAGCGUGGUGAAGGAUCUACAGAGCCAGCUGGCGUGGCAGGCCGACGGCACGGACCCCAAGGACGCAAACACAGACGUACAGAGAAAAAAGGCACAAAACACCAAUGGCUCCUAAAGCUCACUGACGACUGGAGAAAAGGACUCCAACAGAUACUUGUUGCACCUCCUGGUAGAUCAUGCAAAGUCCCGGAAAAACCCGUCAUACAUAAUAUGGUAUAAUAAUAAUGUUAUAUGGCAAUAUACUUUAUGUAUUUUAUGAAAUGAACUGGAAAGCAGCAUGAUGUCUGAGCAUGAAACUAAGAAAGACUUUCAGCGACGGUCCCGUGACGUCAGAACCCUCGGCUGGACACGCGGCCCCAGGACUUUAUUUUGGUAUAAGCUAUUCUAAGAUGUACAAAUAUAGCCACAUAACACUACUUGAAUAUGAAGGGAAGUUACAUGUCGCGCCUGGUGAAAUAUGAGCAGACGAUACAAACUCUCGGUGCCACAAAAUACUGGUACACUCAAAGGUGUCAUUACAGACCACUGGAAACAAGAGACACCAGUUUACCACUAUUUACCUUUAAUAUCAGCUUGCUUUUUAUAACGAUGUAGAGGAUGUACUUUUUUCCACAUAUUGCUUUUGCAGCGCUUUUACUCCAUUGGCAGGAAAAAACACCCAUAGAAAUCAAACAAACAGACAAACAGACAAACAGACAAACAAACAAAC